AUGUCAGCAAAGGCGUUGAGAGAACUUGAUCUUGACCACUUGGAUACAACAAGCGCAGCAGCAGCACCUGAGUCACACUCACACAAGAGUGGGUGCAGAAGCAACCUUCGCCCGGAGAUGCGUGUCCUUCAUCCGCUGUCUGUUUAUUGCGUCAGCCUGGUGUGCUUCCAGUUGCUGUUGGCGGAGGAGCUCUUCAGCUUGGAGCGUCUCAACAAACUCAUUGAGUCUGAAGCGGAUCCGUGGUUGGUUCCGAGGGCCAGAACCGACACUGCCAAUUGGACAAAAUGGCCGCUCAAACAUCUCUUUAGCACAAAGAGGAGAGGAAGCAACCCGGCUCUGGCGUGGGCGACACCCAUGGAGAACCCUUCGAGACCGUCGAGAACCCGUCGCCAUGCCCACCACUACCCUCACAAUGCCCAGUUAAUGCGAGUUGGCUGUGUGCUGGGAACCUGCCAAGUACAGAACCUCAGUCACAGGCUUUAUCAGCUUGUCGGCAAGAACGGCAGACAAGACACGUCCCCUAUUAAUCCCAGAAGCCCCCACAGUUACGGAUGA